UCAAGAUCACGCGUUCGAUUUAAGUAUUUCAAAUAUCUUUUUUUUCUACACAUUCAUUCUCACGGAAUGUAUUCAAGAUAUACGGGGCAACGUACGUUUAUCAAUGCGAUGAUAAUGUGCGCUUCGACAGACAAAAGAACAAGAAAAAAACAAAACAAAAAAAAUAAGGCGUAGCCAACGCUCUGCCUUGGUAUUUGUUGCAGUAGCGUCGACAAAUGUGACAGUGUGUACAAAGUAAAGUGAUCGAGCGUGAUCGUUGUCAUCCGGUAUGAAUCAGGAAUACGACGAUCGUACACCGUUAAUUGCGUCACAAAGAAAGCAAUGUUUUCCAAUGAGAAUAUGGAUCUGCGUGAUGAUGUUCACGGCCUGUUGGACGAGUUACGCGUGUCGUCUGCAGAUGCCGAUUCUGGUGGUGCCUAUGAUCAAGGAACGACCGAUCAAUUACACCAUCAGCGGUGUGUGUGUGUUCGAUGACGGUGCGCGGCGACGUCGGGACGUUAUCGUUAACAAUCCUCUCGAUCCCGUAAGCUACAUCGAGGAAUAUGCGUUGAAUCGUAUGGAGGAGGAACGAGAUCUGAAACUGUUGCGGCAUCGCCGUCAAGCGAACGGCGACGACGCGCUGACGGGGAUACGACCGGACGACGCGCCGAUCGAACUCUUUAACGGUCUACCCUUCGACUGGACCCCGACUAUACGGGGCCAAUUGCUCGCUGCCUACGCCUACGGCAACGUACCCGGCAAUCUCCUCGGCGGCUGGAUAUCGCUGCGAUACGGACCGCGACACACGAUUCUCUGGACGUCGCUCGUCGCCGCUCUGGUCUCUCUGAUCAGCCCGAUUCUGGCGCAGGUCCAUUGGGGCGUAUUGUUAGUAUCCAGAAUCAUUAUCGGUCUUACCGGAGGCGUGAUUUUUCCCUCGUGCCACACAAUGGUGGCUAAAUGGGCACCGCCGGACGAACGAUCGCGUUUUGUUUGGUCCCUCUUGGGUGGCACCUUCGGCACGAUAUUGACUUACCCGAUGAUCGCCGCGAUCGCGGAGAGUGUGAAUUGGGAAUCCGCCUGGUACAUACCGUCUCUACUGAUGUUGAUAUGGGUUGGCAUAUGGGCGUUGAUAGCUUACGAUUCACCCGCCGAACACCCAGGCAUCUUACUUGAAGAAAAAGAAUACAUUGUCAACGCACAAGCGGGAAUUGUGCGGGUCGAAAAGCCCAAAUGGAAGGAAACACCAGUAAAGCAGAUAGCAAGGUCCAUACCGUUCCUUAGUCUGAUCAUAUGUCACUUCGGAAAUCUUUUUUUGCUGUUCUUCUAUCAGAAUUCGUUGAUGCUGUACUUGACUAAAGCAUUGGGAUUUGAAUUGACGAAGGGCGGCGCCGCAGCCGGUGCGCCGUGGUUCGCCAGAAUGGUGUUCGGAUUCUUCUUCAGCUGGGGUGGAGAUGUUGUCAAGAAGAGGAAGAUCAUCAGCAUCACUCUUUUGCGAAAGCUCGCAACUAUAUUUUCGCAUUUUAUACCCGGUAUCUUUCUGAUAUUGGUCGGCUAUGUUGGUUGCAACUUCGUACUUGCGAACGUUUUUCUGUUCUUCGCGUUGGGUUUUAACGGCGCUGCUCUUAUCUCAAAUUUGUCAAACAAUCAGGAUCUCGCGCCAAAUUUCGCUGGCUUUCUUUACGGCAUCAUGAACACGGCGGGGACUUUUUCCGGUGUAAUUAUUCCGCCGAUGGUCGAAGAAAUAGCUGGAAAGUACGGAAAUCCGAUCGACAGAUGGCAGAUACUCUUUUGGAUCGGCGCUGGAGUUUCUAUCGGAAGUAUGGUCGUGUUUCUGUUCGGAGGUAGCGGUAAUAUACAGCCGUGGAACGAAUAUCGUCGGCUGGAUACAGGAGCGCAAGAUGCGGAAGCCGGAGGAACCAAGGGGCAAACACCUGAUACUACUCCUGCAAAAUCCUAGAUACAUUUUUUCUAGUACACACGUAUUUUCACGUUACAAACAAAGACUGUGACAUAAUUCGAACUUUUAAAAAGUUAAAAAAGUAGACAACAAUAUAAUGAUGACUGAAAAAUGAUUUUCUUUGACAAAUUAGGAGAAAUGUUAUAAAACAAAUUAUUUGAAGACUCAGGUUGUUUAAAAA